AUUUCAGAAUGUGAAGAACCAAAUGAGAUUGACUUUGGGGAAAUUGUGAGCAUUGAGAAAGCCAAGUACCUGGAAAAUGACCGAGUACAAUACAGAUGCAACCCUUCCUAUGUCUUGGAAGGACCUGAAUGGAUUCAGUGUAAGGGACAAGAAUGGACACCUCAUCCACCAAAAUGCUUGGCACCCUGCAGUAUCACAAGACAACAGUUAGCAGCAAAAAACUUGUUUGUGUUUGGGAAUCAAAGAAAAGCUCGGCUUAUUCAAAGUAACCAGAACCUACAAUUUCAGUGUAAUGAAGGAUAUGUGCUUGUGGUUCCAUCAGUCAGAAAAUGUGUUGACGGUUACAUGGAUUUCCCAUUAUGUAUCUCUGUAAGAGGAAAAAACUGCAGUGGUCCACCCAGGACUGAGAAUGGAGACAUCACUACUUUAUCUGAGAAGCUGUACAGAUCUGGCUCUUCAGUAGAAUUCAGAUGCCAAACAUAUUAUGCCAUGGAAGGCCAGAACAGAUCUUUUUGUGACAAUGGGACCUGGACAAAAGUGCCCAUUUGCCUGGAUCCCUGUGUGAUCUCCAGGACCGAAUUGGAAAGCCAGAAAAUAGAUGUUAAAGAUGAAAUAGAUGUGCCUGAAAAUAUAUUUAUUCAACGUGGUCAUUCUAUUGAGCUGACCUGUAAAACAGGAUAUGUCCUGGAAGCAUAUUCUUCCCAAUCAGCUUUUGUAAUCCAGUGUGAUGGGACACCAUCCGUGAUUCCUAAAUGCAAAGGUGACUUCAAAAGGUUAAUUUUAUAAUUCUGCUAUCACCAAUACAAAGCCAA